UUAAAUAAUUAUAAGCAAAGUUGGAUAUUCUAAUACUAAUAUAGCAAAAUUUUCGACAUGUAAUUUUUAAAUAUCUAGCGGUAGGAGAGGUGGCGGCACAAUCACUUGACAGCUGAUCUAUCAACAUCUGACAGCUCUGCCAUCAACACCAGUCGUGCACAUUGAUCCGAGACUGUGAUGUCGCACAACGCAAGGUUAAUCCUGACCGAUUCGAUGCGUGACUUACAUCAUAGAAAAAUAUUAUUUGAUUCACAAAUAUUGUUUUUGGCAACGAAAAUGGAUCUUUCUCGCUGUUCGAUAUUAUUGUCAUCAUUGCAAAUGCAAUAACUGUAUGAUGAAGACCAAAUCUUGGUCAUGUCGACACUUAUUGAAAUUAACGAUGAUUUAUACUCGUUCGACGAGGACACUCGUAUCCCCGAUACGAUCGAGAAAAUUGAGGAAUCGAUGGUGACAUAUAAUGAUUUCUUUUCAAAGUAUCUAAUAUAUAAUCAACCGUGUCUCAUUAAUUCCCAAGCAACUGAAAAUUGGCCGUGUAGACGUAACUGGGUAUUGAAUGGUGCACCCAAUUUUGAAGUGCUUCGUACAUUGUUCGGACGUACGAUUGUCCCGGUUGCUGAUUGUAACAAAAAGUUUUACAACUCGCAAUUCAAAGAUGACAUGCCCAUGAAAAGUUACUUGGAUUAUUGGAUUGAUUACAAGCGAAACAAUUAUGCGAAAUCGAUGCCAUUGUUGUACUUAAAAGAUUGGCACUGUGUUAAAGACUUCCCUGAUAUCCCGAUUUACGAAGUGCCUCAGUAUUUUGUAUCCGACUGGUUGAAUGAAUAUUAUAUCGCUCACCCUGAACUAAAUGAUGAUUACAUGUUCAUAUAUAUGGGGCCAAAAGAAACAUGGACUCCUUUACAUGCGGAUGUCUUUACAUCGUAUAGCUGGUCUGCAAAUAUAAUUGGAAGAAAGAGAUGGCUAUUUUUUCCUCCGCAUGAGGAAGAUCAUCUUCGUGAUCUUUAUGGGCAAUUAGCAUAUGAUGCAGUUUCAGAGGAUCUUAAUGAUCGUACAAAAUACAGAACAUAUGAUAGUAAAAAGUUAAAAUGUUUUGAUAUAAUUCAAGAAGCAGGAGAAAUUAUAUUUGUGCCAUCAGGAUGGCAUCAUCAAGUUUGGAAUUUGGAAGAUACAAUUUCUAUUAAUCAUAAUUGGAUUAAUGGUUGUAAUAUAGGCAAUGUAUGGCAUGGAUUAAAAAGAGAAUUAAGGUCUGUUAUGAAAGAAGUUGAUGAUUGCAAGGAUAUGAAGAAUUGGAAUGAACAUUGUCAAUUGAUGCUCAAGGCUUCCUAUGGCAUGGAUUAUAAACAAUUUCUCCAGUUUAUAUCAUUUAUUGCUAAGAAUCGUUUACAUGCUAUGUUAAAGAAAAAUCAAGUUAUCAGUUUUCGCAAGUAUUGUUUUGGAUAUAAUCACUGUUUGUUUGAUUUGCGAGUACUGAAACACACAUUGGACGAUAUUAUCACAGACGCGCAAGAUCUGUCUGUGUAUAAUUUGAUGUGCGAAAAUGAUGAAUCAUUAUUGUUAUUGAAUGCUAUUACUUCGUUUCUUGAAUCAUCUUGUAAUAUUGAAAAUAUAAUUUCUCCAUGAUCAAAGCAAAAUUUAAUAAACUAUUAACAAAUAGAACAAAUUUGUUAACAGAAGCAAAUUGCGUGAUUUUUGUUUUCAUAAAUAUAGCAUUUUUUACUUGGUUGUUGCAUAUGAAACCAUGUCAUAUUCUUGUCUAAAAUUUUACAAAUUUCCUCCCUUAACUUUAUUUAAAUUUUCUCUUAGAAGAUAACAUUUUGCAGGGUCAUAAGAUUACCUUUAUACAGUAAGCACGUUAUAUUAAACAUAUUAUCUAAUUAACCAUAAAAUGCAUCAGAGAUAUUGAAAGUAUUCUUAAUUUUUGAAAAAAUUGCUAAUACAUUAUUUGCUGUGGAACAUAUAUGUAUGUUAAAAACCAAUAAUAAUCUUAUAUUCUAUAAUGUAUAUAUGAUAAAUCGAAGCUCUAAAAACUCUGGUGUAUUUUCAUACGUGAGCGAAAUUAUUUUUUUAAUCUAAA